AUGGCUCCACCGACGACCUCCAAACCGGAGCGACGUCAAAGUAAGAUGUCAUUAUUCGAUCUCUUCUCCAAACCAAAGGUCGAAAGGUCUCGCGGAUAUCAUGAGACCGGACUCGCUCCCUAUAGCCUCCUCCAAAAUCGUGUCGAUAGCUUGACGAGCUUCGGAACUAGCAGUCUCGAUCUCAAUGGGGAUGGAGCUUCUGAUGCUGGCAGCCUCCGGAAUGGCUCGAAGCGAUUGUCCACCACCGUUACCAAAGAUUCCUUCGUUCGGCUGGAUGACAAGAUCUUUGUUCUGGUUACCGCGGGUUAUGUACUUCAAUAUGCCGGAAGCGGACCUAGCGACCGGAAACCGGAGAAAAUUCUUCGACUGGGACCGCAGUCUGCCGCAUUUGCCAGUGAUUUGAUUCCAGGGCGACAUUGGGUUCUACAGAUUUGCGAGCGCGUUGAUCAAAGCGGAAGGAAUACACCAGGCCUGUCAACAUCUGCAAAUGACGACAAGGUACGCGGAUUCUUUAGGCGACUCGGAUCUCGCGCCCAUGGAAAAACUCGGAGUACCUCUUUGUUUCUGUUGGUGCUUGAGAGCCCGGAAGAAAUGGAUCUGUGGUUGAAGGCGAUGCGAAAGGCGAUUGGUGAUCUCUCAGGACGGAAACGCGAACCGGAGCCAGGAUGUCGCAGUAGCGAAGAUCAAAAGAAUGAAGAACGACCGGUCCAUCGUUUCUCAGUGCACAGGGAGAAGAUGAAUGGGUCUCUACGG